UUAGUAUUUGUGUUGUUACCAUGUUAGAACAAACAGACUUCUUUUCCAAACAAAUUUGUCGGACGACCCCAGGUCUUGUUCGGGCGGCCCUGAGUGCUCUUGACUCUAAACGUUACGUACUUAUGGAACAAAGCUCCGGGUCAUUUUACUAACCUACUUAAUGUUGUGUCCUUGCCAUGAUGUAUGACCUAUUUUUUCCGCCAGGUCCUUAAGUUUUCAUCAAAGUAAAUUGACUAAAUUGGAUCUCCAUUCCAUUUACUCGCCUUUCACGGGUUCAGUGCCCAUCUUGAUUUGUCGUUGCCAUGGUAACACAAAAUGGCUGAUGCUGUUGCUAUGGUGACAUUUUCAGGACCGAUCCACGUGAGUGGGGUUUUCCGUCGGACUACGGGGAAACCGCCGGUCACCAUGGGCGUGCUGUCGGGCAUCAGCGUCGGUGUAGCGGCUUUCCUGAUCUCAGCGCUGUUCCUGCAGACGAUAGUUGCUCAGGAGGUGACCUACGCGGGCCACCAGGAGGAUAACCGGUGCAUCUGCACGUUCAUCCCGCCGUACCAGCCAGCGGACCACCCUACCGACCACCAGCAGCAGUCGCCCGCCCCCGACCCCUGCCCGCCGCCCCGAGCUGACCCGGACGUGGCGUCCCUUCGUACCAACCUCGCCGUCGUACAGUCGCACCAGCUGGCCAACCGCGAGCAGCUCAACUCGCAGGCUUCGCGGCUGCACAACCUGACGUCCCGGCUGUUUCAGAUGGAGGACCGCAUGCACGGGACGGAGCGCGUCCAGAGGUCCUGGGACGCCCGCACGGCGACGGUUCAGCAGUCCGCCUCGGAGAUGCGCCGCCUCAUCAGCCGACAACAGGACACCAUCAUGUUCCUACGGGCCCGCCUGGAUACCAUGUUCCAAGAGAUGUCCCAGAUGCGGGACUUGAACCAGAGGAUGAUGUUAGAGAUCCAGGAUGAAGCCGAGAAGAGCGAGAAGAACCGGGACAAGCUCCACAAACUUAGCAGGCGACAAGAAAAGACGGAGGGCGAGGUCAGGGAGUUUCUCUGGGCCAUCAGUCAGGUCAUGUCCUCCCUAAAGGAAAACGAGAGAAGGAAACUAGCCAAGAUGUCCAAGCAGAGGCCCUUGGCUCCUAUGAUGGAGGAUAAGACGACUCCCGAGCCGACGGAGUCUCCGUGGGUGCCUAUCAGGACUUCCCCGGCUUGGGAGGAGUCUGUACCGACGCCCAAGCCGAGAAGACGGUCGCUGAAAGUUCGGCAUGACAGCCGUGCGGGCCACGGUCACUGGUGGCAGAAAUAAGCCUCGGGAGCCUGAUAUUUGAGGCUAGUUUUGACUGAACAUUAGGUAGUUGGUGUAUAUGGAUAUCAAAACUCUGCGUGUUUUUAUGAAGAGCCCAUUUCAUCAAGAAAUGUAAUUCGUAAGAAGCAGAAAUGGACAUGAAGACUUCACCUUGCUAGUUUUGACUGAAUAUUGUUGGUGCAUAUGAAUAUCAAGACUCUCUCUCUCUCCGUGUACAUUUAUCAGUCUUUUUUCAUGAAGAGCACAUUUGAUGUAUGUAACAGAAAUGUACAUGAAGACUUCACCUUGCAAACGACACGUGCGAAAAUCAUUUCAGUUGGUCCAAAAACAUGACUUCCCGCCAACCACAAACCCGUAACAUCCGUGUCACAGACCAGGGACCCACAAAAAACUUCUAAACCUGCAACACGAAUCAACAAAGGUAACGCUUCAGGCCUGCUAUAGCUGUUUUCUGUAGAAGAGAGUCCUGGGGGAGUUUGGUACAUUUUACGCUGCUGCAAGGUUGGUGGGAAAAUGUGCUAAGGGUCAAGACGAGAGGGCGACCUGUGACUCCCCUCUGCGCAGAGGGAACGGAGUAUCAAAACAACACCGGGUGUUCUGUCAGCAAGGUUGUCCGGUCACAUA